AAAAUGUGGUCUAAAACAGAUUCUACGAAAUAAACGUGAACUCUUCCAGGUAAUGUAUGGCAGAGCAGCUCAUGCAAGUUGGUUGACUGUUGAUACUUGAGCGGAUUUCUGCUUUUUAUUUUAUAUUAUGCUUUACAAAGUCUCUCAACAGUGCGCUUUUGUUACCUGUCCCCAAUUUUUAUAAUCAUCUCUUCCUUCAGCCUUUUUUAUGUCCUUUCUUCCUCUUUUUCUCCAUCUGUCUCUCUUGCCAUCCUUUGAUUUGCUAACAAUUUUGUACUUGCCCAGAUAUUGUUUUUUUAUUUUUAUUUUUUAUUUUUUUUACUUCCUCAAUCGUUCAAUUUUUCUGGUUCUCUCUUUUUUACUCCUGGAUUGCAUCCAAUUUCAGUAAAGAUUGGUCUUUGGAGUUGAAAGAAUUUUGCUUUUUUGUUUCUGGUCAUUUUGGGAUAUGGGGAAUUUCAUUGAUUGAUUAGGAAGCCGAAUUUUACUGGGUUUGGUGGAGGCCGCAGAAAGGGAAAAAAUGAAGGAUUUUGCUGGAACUCCAGGGACAUUGACUGCUCUUGGCUUGAGGAUUUCACAGUGUAUUUUUGCAGCCGGCUCAAUUACGGCCAUGGCCACCGCGUCCACCUUCUUUAAUUUCACUGCUUUCUGCUACCUUAUAGCUUCAAUGGGUUUGCAAGUCAUAUGGAGCUUUGGACUUGCAUUAUUAGAUGCAUAUGCCUUGAUCCAGAAGAAGGUUCUCCACAAUUCUAUCUUGGUCAGCCUUUUCGUAGUGGGAGAUUGGGUAACAGCAACGCUGUCUCUUGCUGCAGCUUCUGCCUCGGCGGGCAUCACAGUGCUCCUGUUUGAUGAUGUCAAACAUUGUAGUUAUUUAAGCGAAUGCGAAAAGUACCAAUUUUCAAUUGCUUUGGCCUUUUUGAGCUGGAUAACCAUUGCAAUAUCAUCUCUAAUUAUGUUAUGGCUACUGGCUGCAGGUUAGACAAUUUCUUGAAUGGAUUAAUGGCUAUGUCAUAGAAAUUUUCAUCAUUCUACGUUGUCAAUACAAAAGGAAAAAAGAAGAAUAGCAUAACCAUAUUCAAUUUUUUUUUUCA